AUCAGCCACUUUUUCGCAGCUUCGAAGACGCAUAGGUGGCAGUAAACGCACCUGAGUGGGUGCUACCUCUGGCCGGCGGCUCUGGCGUAUCUGCCAUGGAUCUGAAGUUCGUAUGCGUGUCUGUAGUACCGUUGUGCAGUCCAGCGUCAGGCAUUCCUGGCACGGCGAAUAUGUUGUCUUCAUUUUCUGGAUCAAUACCGCCGUAUGUGACCGCUGGAUUGAUUAUGUUCGGAUUUGAGUUUGUGCUUGUUGGUUCAGAUCUCUCAAUUCCAUCCAGCAGGUCGGCUUGUCCGUCCCGUAAGCCCUCCUCGCAAAACACCACGGGCAUCGAUGAUGGCCCAGGGUCUGCCAUGUCGACUUCACGAGCUGACGUCGAAAGCAAGCCCAAUAAUCCGAAAUGCGGUCCUGUGAUCAAUAGACAAGAAAAUUUCGUGAAAAUGAAGUUGUGGGACGAGCACGAAGAGCGGCAAUUUCGAAAACGCAGACGCCAGGAAUGCAGUAUCUGCUUUUGGUUCAGAUCAGAGUUACUAAAGCCGAUCGACGACAAGCGGGACGGGAUAUCACAAGACCAAAUGAGGUGCUAUACAGGUGGAUAAAAGAUAAUGGCUGGUGGCUGUAGGUUUACGUGAUGGAUGGCAUUUCUGGACGCACUGCUGAAGCUAGCUGGUCUUGUUGCAGUCCAUGGUGUUCACUGCAAGCGGCAUCGCGAUGAAUCAUCAAAGCUCUGAUUCG